CUCUACUUCCUCGUUCUUACUUAACCUCACCGCUGCCCAAACACCAGAGAUCUUAGGCUUACAUCUAACACACAACGCAUCCAAGACACAUUCUCCACGAAUUACUCAAAACACCGUCGCAAACAUCUUCGCACGUCUCCACAACUUACUCCUCCACAUUCGCCUCGAAACAAACAACACACGAGUUCUUUAAAAGGAUUUCUAACCCGCUGGUCUGAAGAGCCAUCUCACCACACGCUAUCAAUCAACUUCUGCCGAUCAACACCCUCGACCCUUACCGAACUAUAUCAACUCUAGUCGAUAACCCGGAAUCAUCAUCAGAAAUGGCGCCAAUGAAUAAUCAGAAUUUGAAUUACAGUAGUAAUUACGGCGAGGCCGCUGCCCAGAAGGUCAAUGUCCUUGCCUCUUGCUACCUAGUCGACUCUGCUGCCAACCUCAAGGGCCUCCACUACUGCACUACCGGGGUUGCAGUACUAACUCUACUACAGGGGCCGAGUGGUAUUCCUGAGGUCCCUUCCUCAGGACUACCCUCCCCUCCAACAAGCCCCCCCCUCGCCGCACUAACCUCGUCUAACGAGCUCGCCCUUCUGCCCAAGAGCAAGAAGCGCGAGAUCCCAGGCCGGCGCCUGGGUCGACGAGGGGGGGCAGCACUUUCGAUCAGGGAAGAAUGUGAGAGAUUCUUUUGCGAGUCCAUGAAGACGACUUUCCACGGUGAGAGGAAUUCGUCCAUGAAUGGCUCCGGCCUGUCUGGUGCUUUUUUACCAACGCCGCCGUCCGAUGACCGGCUCCCCGAACACUUCAAGCCUGUUUCUGAUGACAAGCUACCUGCCUACAAUAUUACCGCUUGGCUGGAGAUGUGGGACUAUGCCGGCGGAGCGAGCUUCCGUGCCUUUGUUGCUGAUGACGGAGAGGAGAAAUCUCUCUUUGUUUUCUUUGAUAUCGAAGGCGUACUUGGCCGAGACCUGAAAAAGGCUCUGAUGGCACUUAUCGAACUGGCCGACGGUCCUCUGGACUGUGCCCAUAUUGUCACUUGCAUAGAUAGACGCAUCCCUGCGGACGACGUCCACUCUUUGACAAAGAGUCUACAGUGGGUUGGCUUCGACAUGGUUACUCUAGACCACUGGGCUCAUGGUCUUGAUGUCACGAGCAAGAAGUGGAUGUUGAUGGGUAUGGAGCUAUAG